UCUAUCUAAAGACGAUGCACAUCAGAGGUCUCGUGUCGGUCACCAUGAAAGGUCGUUGGACGGUGCCACUGUCCAGCGAAAAAGUGGACUUCUUCUCACGCUGUCUAUCUGAUCCAAGCGACAACUCCUUCGGCAGCUACACCGAGGUGUGCCCGGCGACAAGCUUCGAGCAAGGUCACAAGAACAGCGUUCAGUUAACUUACUCGGGCCAGCAUUGCGCCAUGAUCACCUACAACCCGGGCACCCACCGCGCGUUCGUCUACGACAACGAGGAGGGACUAGCUGUCAAGCUUUGCAGCGCUAAAGCCGACGACCCCGAGUUGAAGUUCGGCAUCGCCGCCUUCGACAUCGACUACGACGACUACGACAACAAAUGUGCAUCCCUGAACAAGUACGACAGGAACAGCCGUUUGAAGCAGCUGAAGAUGGUAGUGGACUAUUUCAGGAGCCAAAGUAACCACGCUUUUAAAGAAGAAGCCUGCAGAGUCUUCGGACAGUAA